AUGUCUUACCGUCCCCUCGCCAAAACAGCGGUCUCCGCGCCAGGGAAAGUCCUGUUAACAGGCGGCUAUCUCGUGCUCGACAGACAGUACACGGGGACUGUGUUUGCGCUCAACGCGCGAAUUCAUGUUGUCGUGCGCCAGCUGCGGAGGAAUCUGCGGAGGGGAGGCGGCGCUUUUGGUGGUUUUGGGCUAGGGAGGAUGGAGUUCGAGGGGGAUGGGGAGACGGAUGCGGGGAAUGUGGGAGUCGAGGAAGGCGGGGAUGAGGUUAUCGUGGUCAGAUCGCCCCAGUUUAUCGAUGCGGUGUGGGAACCGCGAAAUCCAUACGUCGAAACAUCAAUAAACUACGCCCUGACAUAUGUUAGUUACAUCGCAGCAUCCAACCUGUUCGGCUCUCUCUCCAUCACCAUUCUCGCAGACAACGACUACUACUCCCAACCCUCCAUCUCACAAACUCCAGUCCACAACGGAGGAACCCGCUUCGUAGACUUCGGCGUCAAACUCCACGAGGCACACAAGACCGGUCUAGGCUCAUCGGCCGCACUCGUCACAGCCCUCGUUUCCGCAAUCGUCAUCCACCGCUCUUUUCAGCCAGAAGAACUCCCAGCCGUCCGCGACAAACUCCAUAACCUCGCGCAGGCAGCCCAUUGCGCCGCGCAGGGAAAAAUCGGCUCCGGCUUCGACGUCGGCGCCGCAGUUUACGGAUCCUGUCUGUACCGCCGCUUCUCACCAGCGGUUCUCGACAGUUUAGGCGACGUCGGGUCCCCACAGUUCGAAGAUCGGUUGUUCGCUGUUGUCGAGGAUCUCAAUGAGGAUGUGCCCUGGGACACUGAGUGUAUCGACUUUGGCAUCAGGUUGCCGCGCGGUAUGCAGAUUGUGCUUUGCGAUGUGGACUGUGGCUCGCAGACGCCGGGGAUGGUGAAGAAGGUGCUUCAGUGGCGAGAGGAGAAUCGGGAAGAGGCAGAUGCUCUGUGGGAUGAGUUGCAGACGAACAAUGAGAAGUUGCGGCUGUUGUUGAAGGAGUUGGUUCAGGCUAGCUAUAGUUCCAACAAUAGAAAUAUCAAUUAUGCCGAGAACGGCAACUUUGACGCGGUUGGCGUGCUCAUAUCCCGCACGCGCGAACUGCUCCGCACCAUGACGGCGAAAAGCGGAGUUCCCAUCGAGCCCAAGGUCCAGACGGAGUUACUGGAUAAGCUCUCGGAGCUGGACGGGGUGAUUGGUGGUGUGGUGCCCGGUGCAGGCGGGUAUGAUGCCGAUGCGUUGCUGAUAAGGGACGAUGCGGCGGUUGUAGACAGCCUUCGGGAUUUCCUGUCGACGUGGAAGAGCACUGUCGAGGAUGAUUUUGGCGGGCGGAUUGAGAGGGUGAGGCUGUUAGGGGUGACGCAUGGGUCUGAGGGGCUGAGGAAUGAGGUUCCGGUGAAGUAUUCGGAGUGGAUGUAG